GCCCCCCAGGUGCCCACCCCGAAGUGUGAAGUUCGCCGGCAUGGCCAAAACCACCCGGCUGCGCUGCCGGGGGCAGGAGGGGAAGGACCUGCCCGCCAAGCACCUGUCUGGCUCCAGCCAUCCCUGCUGCGUGGUCAAGGUGGACAACAAGGUGGUGGCCAGGACAGCCACUGUGUGGAAGAGCCUGAACCCUUUUUGGGGUGAGGAAAUCACGCUGCCUCUGCCCCGUGGAUUCCACAGCCUCGCCAUCUAUGUGCUGGAUGAAGACACCAUUGGGAAGGACGAUGUCAUCGGCAAGGUGUCACUCAGCCACCAGCAGAUCUCGGCCAAGCUGCGGGGCACUGACAGCUGGCUCAGCCCGGCACCUGUGAGCCCCAACCAGGAGGUGCAGGGUGAGAUCCACCUGGAGCUGGGGGUCCCCGAGCAGGGCCACCCGCGGGUGCUGUGCUGCCCCCUCAUCGAGGCCAGGUGGGGGGAUGGCAGGACCCGGGACGCCUCGGGCACCUCGGAGCCCUCUGGCCGGGUGUCGUGCUGCGGGCACACGCUGGAGACAGCCGUGGCGAAGAAAACGCGGUUGCCUCGCUGGGAUGAGGCUGAGUUCGAGCUGCCAGAGGGGGUGCUGAGCGUGGAGCUUUGAUGGGACACGGUGGGCAAGAACGACUUCCUGGGGCGGCUCUUCUUGGACACCCUCUGCCCGGGCCCCACCAGGGGCUGGUUCCAUCUCCUGCCCUUCCCCAGCACCAGCGAGCAGCACGGGGGACAGCUGGGUGCCCUGAGGCUGGCAGUGAGGCUGCUGCAGGACACGGUCCUGCCCUCCCACCACUACCAGCCCCUCAUCUAGCUCCUCACCGAGCCCAUCCUCUGCCCUGCCCAGUCCCCUGAGGGCACAGCUCUGGCUGUCCUGGAGGAGGUGACCUCAGUGGAGAGCUGGCAGGACAUGGCCACCAAGUUGGUGAAGAUCUUCUUGGGCCAAGGGCUGGCUGUGCCCCUCCUGGACUACCUCACCACUGGCCAGGACCACCUCUGUGCCCUUCCAGCUGAUCCCAACACCCUCUUCCGCUACUCACUGGCCUCCAAAUCCAUGGAGCAGUUCAUGAAGGUGAUGGGGCUGCCCUACCUGCCCGAGGUCCUGAAGCCAGUCCUGAACUGCAACUUUGAGGAGAAGAAAUAUGUGGAGCUGGACCCCGGCAAGAUGGAGCUGAGCCGGGGCAGGAGGAUCUCCUUCAAGGGGACCCUGUUGGAGGCGCAGGCGCAGGAGAGCAGCCUGGAGCUGCUGAAGGGCUACCUGGGGGACAUCCUCGAUGCCAUCCUGGGCUCAGUGGACAAGUGUCCCCUCCCCAUGAGGGUGGCCUUCCAGCAGCUCCGCAGGUGGGUGGAGCAGCGAUUCCCCUCGGCACAGCACGAGGAGGUGAGGUAUUUCCCCAUCAGUGGGUUCCUCUUCCCACUGUGCUCACCAGAGCCCGGCACCAGCCGCACGCUCCUGCUGCUCGCCAAGAGCUUCAGGAGCCUGGGGCUGCAGCUGGGGCAGGGCAAGGAGCUGUGGAUGGCCCUGCUGAACGCCGUCCUCCUGCCCAGUGCCACCCGUGUGCGGGCCUUCCUGUACGCCCUGGUCACCGUGGCGGGACCCGCUGGGGACAGGCUGCAGGAGGUGCUGCGAGACCUGGACAACGGCCCACGACGCCUUCGCCCGCCGCGACGAGACCCCGGAGCCACCUCCAAGCGCCCUCCCUGUCCCCACAGCCACCCCCAAGUGCCCUCCCUGUCCCCACAGCCACCCCCAAGUGCCCUCCCUGUCCCCACAGCCACCCCCAAGCGCCCUCCCUGUCCCCACAGCCACCCCCAAGUGCCCUCCCUGUCCCCAGAGCCACCCCCAAGUGCCCUCCCUGUCCCCAGAGCCCCGGAGCGCCCCAGCGUCCCCUCGCAGCGCAGCCGGGAGGGCACAGAGGGGACGCGGGGCCGCAGCCCGGCACGGGGUGUAUUCUGUAACACAGAGAUGUACAUGGCACCGGCUGUGCGCGGCUCCUGGGGCAGCGGCGGGCGACACGGGUGA